ACAGUCAUCCAAGUCUUCUAUCUCGGCCCCAGCCCCAGCCCAACCCCAACCACCACCUUCGCCAGCUUCGACGCCAGCGUCGUCUCCGCCGGCUCCGGCACCACCGUCCUCGCCCUCGAAUGCAAAGGCAACUGCCCCGUCUCCUCCACUUACACCAUCACCGCCGGCCCAUCCACCUACGCAGACAAUCAGGUAUUCACCGGCUCCGCCAACGGCCUCAGCGUGACGACCUCCCAAACCCACGCCUGCAACAUCACCUCCUCCACCCAGGGAGCGUCCUGCUCCGUGUCCGUCGGCGUCUAUGCAUCUGUGAGCGGUCAUCAGAGCUCCUCGGUCGCAACCACGGCCACAUCGUAUGAUUCUGACGAUUACUGGUAUGCGCCGGUGACGGUCACGGCGGGGUUGGAGAAGUUGAAUUCGCCGAGGGCGACACAGACG